GUUCACUGCCUGGCCUAUUGGCUUAUGGCAAUGAUCAAGCAGACCUUCAGGUUACGACAUCACUGCUUGACCAAGCCACCCAAUCGCAUCAAUUUUUCCACCAAAAGUGGAGACACUUAUCUAAACAAUUUCAACUUUCCCAGAGACUAGCUAAACAAAUUAUCCUGCAAUGCCCAGAUUGCCAGCUCACAGGCAUGUCCCCACCUUCAACAGGUAUUAAUCUUAGAGGACUAGAACUCAAUCAGUUAUGGUAAACAGAUGUUACACACAUCCCUGAAUUUGGAAAACUUAGAUACAUACAUGUAUCCAUUGAUCCCAAUUCUCACUUAAUUAGUGCCCAUGCUUUGCCUGAAGAGUCCACCCAAUAUGUCAUUAAACAUCUUCUUUUAACUUUUGCAUUUAUGGGAGAGCCCACAAAAAUUAAAACUGAUAAUGGUCCAGUUUAUGCGAGCUCACAAUUUCAACAAUGCUGUUACAUGUGGAAUAUCCAAUAUUUCACAGGCAUCCCAUAUAACCCCCAAGGACAGGACAUAGUGACCGUGCCCACUCCACCCUUAAAAAUAUGCUCAAAAAACAGAAAAGGGGGAGUAUGGGUAAAGACCCUGCAACACUACUAGCACAAGCCUUAUUUACCCUUAAUUUUUAAAAUUUAGAUGACAAAUUUCAAUCAGCCAUAGAAAAGCACUUUGCUAAAACCUCUCAAGACAUAAAACCUGCAGUUUUAUGGAAAGAUAUAAACUGUAACAUAUGGUGUGGUCCAAAUGAAUUAUUAACUUGGGGAAGAGGGUAUGCUUCUGUCCGCACCCCCUCAGGUCCUCUUUGGAUUCCAGCACUAUGCAUCAAACCAUACCAUGGCAUGGCCAGGACCCAACCUGGUACCAGAAAUGAAGGAACUGACCUUACAGGACCCACAGCCCCAGAUGAUGUGGCUUCUGUGGAAGACACAAGCCCCGGACAUAACCUGGGGUAUGCUGAAGAGGACAACUCAGGAACAAAUUCUGCUCCAGACACAGACACCAUUCACUUCAGAUAAUUUGUUCCUUGGAUGCAAAGCUGGAAUAAGAGCAAUGACCACCUCGCUAGACAGACUUGUUGCUGCACACAUCUGUACCCUUCAGUCAACAGAACCCGAUGCAAAGAACAGAAAAGGGAGACAUGUGGGAUUUCAGACAGACUGGUGGUGUGUCUGGAAUUUAUUCCUUCUGGCGGUUUCUUGGUCUUGCUGACUUCAAGAAUGAAGCUGCA